AUGAUCGUGUCCAACGUGAGCCUGAGCGGCUGCGCGGAUUUCAACAGCGCUCUGUGUGCCGGAGCCGGGGAAGAGCACCUGGGGGGCGGAUCAUACCGGACUACUCUCACCCCGACAGGGAACCUGGUAGUGGCUGUGUGCCUGGGCUUUAUCGGCACUUUAGGACUUCUGAACAACCUGCUUGUGCUUGUCCUUUUCUGCCGCUACAAGAUGCUGCGGUCGCCCAUCAACCUGCUCUUGAUUAACAUUUCCAUCAGCGACCUGCUGGUGUGCGUACUGGGUACUCCGUUCAGCUUCGCGGCCAGCACGCAAGGAAGGUGGCUCAUAGGAGAAAGGGGAUGCGUGUGGUACGGCUUCGCCAACUCGCUUUGUGGCAUUGUGUCCCUCAUCUCCCUGGCUGUCCUCUCCUAUGAGCGCUACAGCACCAUGAUGGCCCCCACUGAGGCGGACUCUUCCAACUACCGUAAAAUCUCCCUGGGCAUCAUCCUGUCCUGGGCCUACUCACUUAUCUGGACCCUGCCACCACUCUUUGGCUGGAGCCACUAUGGCCCAGAGGGUCCUGGGACCACCUGCUCCGUCGACUGGACAGCCAAGACAGCGAAUAACAUAUCUUACGUAAUCUGUCUGUUUAUAUUCUGCCUCAUCGUGCCCUUCCUGGUGAUUGUGUUCUGCUAUGGAAAGCUGCUGUGUGCCAUCAGACAGGUGAGUGGGAUCAAUGCAUCGAUGAGCAGGAAACGUGAGCAGCGUGUGCUAUGCAUGGUGGUGAUCAUGGUCAUGUGCUACCUAAUAUGCUGGCUGCCUUAUGGCAUCAUGGCCCUAUUGGCCACCUUUGGGCCACCGGGCCUGGUCACACCCGAGGCGAGCAUCAUCCCCUCGAUCCUUGCCAAAAUGAGCACGGUCAUCGACCCAGUCAUCUAUGUCUUCAUGAAUAAACAGUUUUACAGAUGUUUCCAAGCCCUGUUGCAGUGUGCAGCUCCUCGACGAGGUUCCAGCUUAAAGAGCUCCUCCAAGGUCCCUACCAAGCCCAUGAGGGGAGCAGCAGGCACUGGUCCCCGCCGUACUAAUGAUUUCUUAUUUAUGGUAGCCUCAUUGGGCCAGCCAGCUGCCACAGUUCCCCAACUGGGCCUCUCCUGCGAACCCACUAUAGAUAUCACUAAAGCCCCUUCUUCAGACAAUAAACAUGUUGUAGUCUCACUAGUUGCCCAUCGUGAUGGCUGAGAAUUGGUUAUAUAACCAUAAAACACCAAAGUCCCCAUCCAAGAGAUCAGUGAAAAUGAGAGAGGUGGUGUUACUGAGACUUAAAAAGUAGCGGUUCACCAU